AAUUAAUAUUGUCCAUGACAUGCUGCCAGGGGGUGGGAGGUGAAUGUUGGUGGCAGGUUCUGUGCGGGCGUCGGCUUUAAUGUUGGGGCUUGUGACCUGUAUUUCUGUGUUUUUACAGUAUUAAUUUAUGUUAAAUCUUGUUGAAUUUCCAAUAUUUUAACAGUUGAUGCUCGAAAAAUGAUUAUAUAUAAUUUAUAAGUUUUAAUGGUGUAAAUAAGAAAAUGUGUACAAUUGUUGUUUUGUAAGAAUUAUUCAUGUUUGAUCAAUAAUGGCAACGUGUGUACAAGUUGUGAAUCCUUCAGUGCUUGUAAAAAUUGAAAGCUUUUUUAGUGAUCCAGCUUAUCGGGAAGCAAUUGAAAACUCUGCCAAUUACAACACUAGAUUAUGUAUAGAAAGGAGAUUGCGUAUGCCUUUUUUGGAUUCCCAGACAGGUGUUGCUCAAAAUCAUUCAAAUCUCUUUAUGACACCAAGACAACGCAUUCCAGGCCUUGUAGAAGGUCAAAUAUACACUUACCCAUCAAAACGAUGGAGGAAGAAACGACGGCAAUAUUUGAUGAAUUUCAUGCAGCCUCGCCGCAAGGAAUUGGAUCCUGAGAGUGACAUGCAUACAAUUAGCACUGUGGAGAAUCCUGCUGCUUGCAAUGAAGACAGUAAGGACAGCGUGGGACUGAAAGACGAGGCUGCUAAGUUUGGUGUUAUGCAGGAUGCUUGGUAUUAUGAUGAGAUUGACAUGCAAGAAAUGGAAGGAUUUGAUGAACCGGAUCCUGAUUCAGAUUAUGAUUAUGAAGAAUCUUACAAGCGAAAAAAGAAGCCCAAGAAAGUAACCAGAAAUAGUGAUUCUCCUGCUGCAAAGAAACCAAAGGGACCAGGCAGAGGUCGGAAGAAAACAAACUAUGAUGGGUUAACUGAUGCUGAAAAACCCUUUGCUUGUGAACUAUGUGGAGCUCGAUACAAGACACGUCCAGGGCUUACGUAUCACUACACACACUCGCAUAAGGAUAGAGAUGAUGAAGACUCUGCUAGCGGCACAGGAACAGAUGGUGUGGAUCGUGGGGGUGUGUCCCCAAGUACAAAGCAGCCAGCGCUGGCAGCAUCUGUACAACAACUGGUGUCCUCACAUGCACAAGCAGCCACUACGGCGCAAGUUGCGUCUGUAGCAGACGGAGCAGGGGCAGGUUGGAGCAAGUUCCAGGACAGUUACCUGACCUUCCUAAAGACCCCUGAUGCUCGUUCUUUAUUAAACAUUCUUCUUAGAAACAUGAUAGUAGAUAAUGAUGCUCUGACAUUUCACGUACUGCCUCCAUCUGUAGAAGAAAAAGAUCGUGCUGCACCAUCACCGUAUUGUGACUUCUGCUUGGGAGAUGCUCAUGAGAACAAGAAAACUGGACAGUCUGAAGAAUUGGACCAAUUGCUGUUUUGUGAUGAUUGUGACCGUGGAUAUCACAUGUACUGCCUCUCUCCACCUCUCUCAUCACCUCCAGAAGGCUCAUGGAGUUGUCGCCUCUGCCUCGUGGAAUUUCACAAAAAGUGAGAUUAAAAUGAGAGAAAUUGCAGAACCAAAAGUGAAUUGUGACCUCUUUUAGUCUUAGAUUGUAGGGUCUCAACAAAGACCUCUCUUUGACACAUCAUGGUUACGUGUAUGACAUAAUAUGACUUAAUAUGCAAUGUGUGUAAGAUGAGUGAGUUUAUUAUUAAUCUAAUUUUUCACAACGGAACAUUUGUUGUAUCAGUGUCAUUUAAUGAGUAUGCCAUGACAGUUUUUGGCUGUUUCUCUUAUUCUUGAUCAGUAUUUUAUGAUAAAGUAUUUAAAAUCUUGACAUUUAUCUUGCAUUAAAAUGCCACAAUUCAUUUUAGUAAUAGUUAUUGUAAUUUGGUUACAUUUGUCAUUGUCAUAAAAGUGAAGAUUUCGUUUGACUUGUUCAAUGUACAAUGUUAGUAACUUACUUUUUCUGCUGUACUGCAAAGAAUAUUUAUUGUGUGUGGUUGACUGAAUACCCAAGGCCUAAGAGGGAAACUUAAAGGCAAUUUGUACUCGUUUGAUUUUUAUUUAAUCGUCUUCACAAUAAGUGAAAAAUGUGAUAGUUGGCCAUUUUCUAGCCAAGUUCAUGGGACAGUUCAAAGCAGAUGGCAGGUGUACUGCUGUUCAGUACUUAAGAGUUGAAUCUCAUUAGAAAGGAAAAGUGGUGUUUAAAAUGCAGUAACAGUAGGCUAUGUAAUGUAAAGAAUGUUUUUUGGUUGUUUUUUCAUUUCUUGUUUUACUUCGUUUUUAUUGUACAUUUUCCUCCCGUCUGCUAAUCAUGUGUUUUUGGAAUUUGCUAAUCUGUAGGACAUACUGAAUAAUGCAAAAUUGACGAGAAAUUCUUCAAUAAAAUUGUUUUACCUGAAGCGAUACCUGACAAAUUUUUUUGUAUUGGGAUUUUGUCUAACAAUCAGAUUUCAUUUUACUUUUUAAUUUAUUUUUAUUAUUUUGAGGAACUUGUUUAAGUAUAGAAUUACUUGUGUUCCUGAGGAUAAGCUGAUUUGUUUGGUCUAUAAUGGCUGCAGAAAAGAAGACUCAUUGUCAAUGAAAAUAUAAAUUACUUUUCUUAGAAGUUCAUGAAUGCAUUUUUAACAUAUCUAUCAAGUUUAUUUUUGUUUUGUUUUUUAUAAGCUCUUCAAGAAUGUCUCUUUUAAUUUAAUAUGACUAGCUUAGAAAAACUUUAUGAAAAGGGUUUGGUCAUUCUUGUACUGGGGGAAUUUUUCUUGUAUGUUAUGUUAAUGUGUUCAUAAGCAAGGUGAAUGUCUUCUUGCCCUUAGACAUUUUCGUUGCAGUUGUUGCUGCAAGACAAUAUUAUGUGGAGAAUGCAGCAAACCAAUCAAGUGGUCUGCCAAGUAUUUUGAUAUUUCCAUAGUUGCCUUAUGUAUGCAGGCAAAACCUGAUAUUUUCUUGUAAAAUUAAUAAUGGAACUAUCCAUUUCUGCACAAGUUAUUUGGUCUUUCAGGGGUUGUGGGUCUUUUACUAAGAACAUCUGCAGUUUUCUGUAGUCUGCUAUCUUGCAGGGAGGCUAAAUUAAUUUAUAGUUUGUGUCUACAGAUUUUUGUAACAGAAAUCUACCUCGUAAAAUUUGUGAUCUAGAGAUGUUUAGACGUCGAUUUUUUGAGGUUCUGCAUUGUCAUGUGUAAAUUGAUAUUAAUAUAGGAGUUGAUUCAAUGUUCAUACUACCUGUGGACCUCUUGAAGGAAUUGUAAUUCUGUAUGCUUAAUGCCUGUGAGGUAAUAAAGAUCUCCUCCAUAAUCUUAAACCAUUUCUGCUAUUAAACUUCAUGUAACCACAUUGAUCACUUAAACAUCACAGAAAAGAAAACCACUUUCCAGUGUUAAGGGACAUUAAAAAAAGUGUAAUGAUUGAAACCCGCUAAUAAAGGUGUAAACAGUAAUUACC